UCAAUAGUAGUACUGUUGUCGUUUGCGCAUGCGAUUUUAACACUAUUGCACAUGUUUCCGGUUUGUUUUGGAGGAAAAUGAAACCAAUACUGCUUCAUGGCCAUGAAAGGUCAAUAACACAACUCAAAUAUAACCGAGAAGGAGACCUUAUAUUCUCAUGUGCUAAAGAUCUUCAGCCGAAUGUCUGGUUUUCAUUGAAUGGUGAAAGACUUGGUUCAUUUGUCGGGCACAAUGGAGCUGUGUGGUGCAUUGAUGUCAACUGGGACACAACAAAAGUUCUGACAGGUUCAGCAGACAACACAUGUAAAUUAUGGGAUUGUCAAACCGGUAAACAGAUUGUUUCACUUGAAACGAAAACAGCAGUAAGAGCAUGUGGCUUUUCAUAUGGUGGAAAGUUGGUGAUGUACACCACAGACAAAACAAUGGGUUUUCCCUGUGAAAUUAACAUCUUUGAUAUUACAGAUCAUUCACAAAUUGUUUCUGGUGAACCAAUGAUGAAAAUACUCAUUGAUGGAUCAAAAGUUACCUCUGCUGUAUGGGGACCUUAUGAAGAAACCAUCAUUACAGCUCAUGAAAAUGGUGAUGUAUCAACAUAUGAACUGAAGACAGGUCAAAAGAUUAAUGGAACUAAAGCCCACACAAAGCAGAUAAAUGGCCUACAGUUCAACAAGGAGUGUUCUUUAUUAAUCACUGCUUCGAAGGAUGCAACAGCUAAGUUAUUCGACACCAAGACAUUAGAACAUCUGAAGACAUACAAGGCUGAUAGACCUGUAAACUCUGCUGCAAUCUCACCAUUAUAUGAUCAUGUUGUACUGGGAGGAGGUCAGGAAGCGAUGGACGUCACAACAACAUCCACAAAAAUAGGAAAGUUUGACGCAAAGUUCUACCACUUAGUCUUUGAGGAUGAAUUUGGAAGAGUUAAAGGUCAUUUUGGUCCAAUCAACAGUGUUGUGUUUCAUCCAGAUGGCAAAAGUUACUGCAGUGGUGGUGAAGAUGGAUAUGUUAGAGUACACACCUUUGAUCAGUCCUAUUUUGACUUGAAGUUUGAAUACUGAUACAGAUUAUUUUAAUAGUGAACCUGCAACAUGACAAUUUUAAAACGAAACAAAAAAAGAAAAAAGUCAAAAUUGAAAUUUAA